AUGGCGCGGCUGCUGGAGGAAUUCCAGGCUUGGGAAGAGUAUGUUUGUGCAGCAGAGCGAAGUAACUCGACUCUGAAGCGGAGGCUGCAAGAGGCCGAGUGGCGUUUGUCCGCUAGUCAGGCUACCGAGUCUCAGCUGCGGGAAGAGAGCACGAGGGUGCAGGGCGUUGUGCACAGCCUGCAGAAGUCACUGCACCGCUUCCUGGAUGUUGAAGAUGAGAAUGAGGCCCUGAAGCAGAGAGUGAAGGAGAAGGAGCUGGAUUUGGUAGAACUGCAGACGCAUCAUGAUGAGGAGCUGCGGAGGCUGAAUACGGAGCGGCUGGUGGAGCAGGAGAACCACUCGCUGCUCCUCGCCUCCACGCAGCAGGAGGCGGAGCGCAGGGUGGCGGAGGAGGCAGGGCGGCUGCAGGAGGUCAUCGGUCAGCGGCAGCAGGAGGUGGAGACACUCGCAAGGCGGCUGAGCGACGUCGAGAAACAGAAGGGAGCCAAGCUUCUCAAGCUUCAAUACGACACCAAGAUCGCGAAGCUGCAAAGCGCCGCUCUGCUCAGCAAGCAGAGGAGCAGCGGAGCCUCCAACCACGACAUCUUCAGACAGAAGCUGCAGCACCUUCAAGAGAGCAAGGACCAGGAGAUUGCGGCGCUGCAGAGGCAGGUGGUGCAACUGGAGCACAGGCUGCACAUGGAGCAAGACUCGCUGCCAAAGAGACGAAGGCUGUAA